AUGGUUCGCAAGUAUCGGCGACAAACGUCUAGGCAAGAUUGGUCAUUGGAGUCAAUGGAAGGCGCUGUAAAUGCUGUUAUGGAAGGUCAUAUGGGUUCUUUCAUGGGUGCUCGACAGUUCAAAGUGCCACAGAAAUAUGUGUUUCAGCGUCGGGGUUCCCACGACACUUGUGUAGGGACAGAAAGUGAUGAUGACGAGGCUGUCCACGCUUGUGUACUAUGUGAAAAUUCAGCAGACGCAGGCCUUACUGGAUGCCCUUGGACAGCUCGUGCAGGGUCAACGUGCGAUGCAAAACGAUGCGGCAGCAGCCGUUUCACCGCUAACGCAGCCACAACACGCUGUUGUACCCACUUUUCGACCUUUUGAUGGUGCACUGGAAAGCUGGAGAGAGUGGUCACGCCAAUUUGGAUUCCAUCUCGCCGCCUACAGAAUUCAAGGUAACGAGCGGCAGCCCUUUUUGUUGUCCUCAGUAGGGGUACAAACGUACCGUGUGAUAGUGAAAUUAUUUCCCCGACGCGACGUAGCAACUCUGUCCUACGAAGAAAUUUUGUCUGCCUUAGAUGCAUAUUUCAAAGAAUCAGUCAAUGUAGUUGCCAAACGGUAUACCUUCUUUCCUACAAAACGUACGGCAGGUCAGACUAAACGGGAGUGGGUUGCAACCUUGCAAGGCCUUACGAGGGAUUGUGCUUUUGAGUGUCAAUGUGGACUCCCUUAUUCAGAUACUAUGGUACGUGAUGCAAUUGCACAGAACUUUUCUGAUGUUCGUAUAAGGGAACAGAUUUUGAAACUAGUCAGUCCCUCCCUUCAACAAGUGGGGGACAUAUUGGAUCGGCAGGACACACUUGACUUUGCUCAGGAAUCAUUUGAAACUUCGCCAGCAGUGUGUCAGGUUAACCGGCCCGCCGGGCGAGCUGCACGGAGCAGUAAACAGCCCUCGCGCCCGGCCGUGCCGCUGUCGCCAGGCUCUCAGCCACGUGUGCCGCCGCGGCAUGCAAAUGCAGUGAUCAAAUCAUGCCCGCGGUGUGCUACUAAACAUUCGCGUGAGAACUGCCCGUCACGCCAAGCUAUUUACUUUUAUUGUAAUAAAAAAAGGACAUGUUAAGAGUGUUUGCUAGAAAAAGCUCAGAUCGGAAGCUCAAAACUGUUCCAGGCCCUUUGCUUCGCACCGGAAUCGGAAUCGAACCAAGGAUACUCAGGCUCGCGAAACUUCGCCCGUGGAAAUUCAUGUAGUUCAUUCCACUCCGCGCAGUGCCACUCUCUCUAACAGUGACUGUGUUCGUCCGAAAAAUAGUGUGCGUCGACAUCGCCGGAACUCCCGUCAAGUUGGAAGUGAUUAUGUACCAGUGUCAGUUCACGUUGCGCGAGACAGUCGCUCUUGUCGUCAGCAGGACAAUAAACAUUUUGUAGACUUGGACAUUAACGGCAAAGUGAUACCAUUCCAUCUCGAUACAAGAGCUGCAGUUUCCCUGAUCAAUCAAGACACUUACAAACUGCUGGGCACACCUCCGUUGCGUGCCGCAAAUGUUCGGUUAACCACCUAUUCACGACAAAAGAUCCCUGUGUUAGGACAGUGCAGCCUUCUUGCAACAUAUAAAGGACAAACAAAACUUGUGUCAUUUUACGUCCUUCAUUCUUCUUCUGCAGUGAACUUGUUUGGUUUAGAAUUAUUUCAGUUGUUUAACUUGUCUAUAGUAAACCAGGUUCUAUCAGUGAACCAGACGGUGCCUUCAGACAGUGUUUCCCGUCUAUGUGAAAAAUUUGCAGACAUUUUUGCACCGGGCCUCGGUUGUGCUAAGAACUAUAAACUGCCACCAUCCAAGCGUUGUCCUCUAUCUUUUGCAUUGAAGGUCUCCCACAGACUUUUGUUAGCGACAAUGGCCCACAAUUCAUGUCCGCAGAAUUUCAGUCAUUCUGCAAGGCCAAUGGUAUUCAACAUCUGAAGUCCGCGCCGUUUUCGCCACAGUCAAACGGUACCGCUGAACGAUUGGUCAGGACUUUCAAGUCACAGAUGUUGAAGUUGAAAGAGUCGCAUUCUCGGGAGGACGCGUUAUUGCUCUUUUUGUCCUCGUGUCGCUCUCAGCCCCGAGAUGGUCGCUCGCCGGCUGAGUUGCUCCACGGUCGUCAUCAUCGAACCUUGAUGUCAUUGCUACAUCCGCCACAUCAGGUUCCUGUGCAGCGGCAGACACCUGCUUUUGCUCCAGGCGACGUUGUCUACUAUCGCCAUUACCGAGGUUCAUGGAGUUGGCUCGAAGGGCGCAUUCUUCGCUGCCUCGGACGCGCUAUGUAUCUGGUUUUGGGGGCCUCUGGUAGGGUGCGUUGGCAUCUCAAUCAGCUGCGCCUCUGUAGUCGCACGGGCUCUGCCGCUCGCCGUCUGCUUUCAGCGACGGUGCCGUAUCGUCAGCGCCCCGGGGACCCAUCUACUGGCUCGCCUAAGCCCAGGUGUUACCGACGCUGCCUUCCAUUUUGCCCCAUGGCGACGCGCCGCCGCCACCGCCGCCGCCGCCUGUUCUCCCGCCGGCGACGCCCGCAGUGGACGCGUCGUUGCAACCGCCGGGCGCCUCCCUAGGACACACGCCGCCGAUCGCUUCCCGUGACCUAUGCCAUGGAACUCUUGCCCGCUCCGGACCGUAUGUCGUCUUCGCCCGUCGGGUGCCCCGGCCCGAUGGAGGUCAACCCUUCGUCCCUUCCUGUCUCUUUACGGGCGCAUACAUUGCAUGCUGGCGUUCAUCCUGGAGCAGGUUUUCAGGCGUUUCCUAGCUCCCCGCUGUCCGAAUGGCAGGGUGAGGGUGGCACAGCCUCGCCUGUUGUUAGGCUCCCCACCUCGUCGCAUACGUCAACAUGGGGUCCUCCCCACUGCAGGCGGAAGCCUUAUACCACAACCGUACGUCGAUUUGCGGGGGAGGAAUGUGGUGUCACCGCCAGACACCGUACUUGCUAGGUGGUAGCCUUUAAAUCGGCCGCGGUCCGGUAGUAUGCGUCGGACCCGCGUGUCGCCACUAUCAGUGAUUGCACACCGAGGGCCGCCACACGGCAGGUUUAGUCUGGAGAGACUCCCUAGCACUCGCCCAGUUGUACAGCCGACUUUACUAGCGAUGGUUCACUGACUUCUACGCUCUCAUUUGCCGAGACGAUAGUUAGCAUAGCCUUCAGCUACGUUAUCUGCUACUACCUAGCAAGGCGCCAUUAUCAGUACUAUUGAUAUUGUGAAAUAUGUAACGUCAAGAGCGACGUCCAUCAUUAAUGGAUUAAAGUUACAUAUUCCACCAGCUAUGUCCGUUUUUCUCAAUUCUAAUUCCCUUGUCAUGUUCCAGACCUCACGCCAGCCUGCGUGAGCUAAAACGCGUGCUUUUCGGCCUCCUUUAGAAACACAGUGUUGGUUCUCCUGCCAACCACAACAGUCAUCGUCAUCAUCAGCAACUUGAUCAGUACUUAGCACCACAGUGACACAGCUACACGUCGAUUAAUUUAAGGACAGCUCCGAGACUUCGUGCAGAGUGCAUUCCACUGACCCCAAAUCACCGCCAUUUCCGACUUCCGUGAUGUCAAACCAGAGCAUACUGUUCUGUUUUUUGCAUGAAGAUGGUCCUGUUCCGGUGCCAAACAUGGCUGUGGGUUGGUUAGAACUUGAGAGCCAGCACCAAAUAUGUCUGCAUACUAGAAACACUAGAUCUACACAUGGAGUAUGGUAUGGGGGCGAUUUUGUGUGACAGCGAGGGCAUUCUAAUUGUUAACCAGCGUAGUCUGAGUUCAAAUUAGUACGUCAGCCUCGUGAUUCGACAUGUUUUUCUGCCAUUCAUGAGCACCAUUACAGGAUAACGCUCGCCCACAUUCAGUUGUUUUUAACAGAACAUGCUCUACAGAAUGUAGACAUGUUGUCUUGGUCUGUUCGAUCUCCAGAUGUGUCUCCAAUAGAGCAUAUAUAGGGCAUCAUCGGACGGCAACUCCAGCUUCACACAAAAACAGCUUUAACAGUCCCUGUAUUGACCGACCAACUGCAACAGGCAUGGAACCCUAUCCCACAAACUGACAUCUGGCACCCGUCUAACACAACUGAUGCAAUCAUUUAAUAUUCUGGUUGAAUGUACCAGAUUUUUACAUUUGCAAUGGCUUAUCUGAUGCUCACCUCAACCUCUGCUUUUUCAGUGUUAAUCAAUUAAACAUGUUACCUAGACAAAAGUAGUUCACGAAUUUUAUGACUCCACAUUAACUAUUGUUUGGUGUUACGAUUUUUUCCGGUACGCAACGUGCUAUUAGCUGCAUAUCACUGGAUUUUAAACGCUCACCAGUCGUAGAAAAGCUGACACUGUGACUCUUCACGUGCUUCUAGUUUAAUAGGUUAAAUCAAAGUUUCUAUUUCUGUGCGUUGCUCCUUUAGAAUAUUUAAAACGAAGCAUAUCACAAAUGAGAAUGCUGAUGGUAGAUGUGAGUUGCAAAAAUGUUUUAAAAAAUAGUCACCAAGCAUUUUCUUUUCUAUGUCAACAACGAGGUUGAUUUUGCUUUGGAGAAGUCUGUUUCCUUUUGGGUUAAAAAUACAGAGGGCCGUCCUAUGAAAAGAUGUACAUAUAAAUUUUAAAUUUAAUUUGUGCUUGAUGAACAUGAAACUGUUCUCCGGAGAAAUUUCUACAGUACGCUUUAAGAGCACAAAUGACGUCUGACUAGCACUGAGUUGACAUUCGCAGACACUGAAUUAUCUGUAUCUUUUUAAGAGUUAAAGCUGUUGUCACUGUUGUUAAUAUUACAGUUUAGUAGCACUUAUAGUUACGAAAAACAACGACAAUUUAGGAAUAAAGGACAAUGUCUCACAUGAAACAUAAAAAGAGAUUGAUUACAUACAAGGACAAAAUACUUUACAGUUUAGCCUCAAAUUUAUAAUAAAACCUUUUUAACGAUAAUAUGUAAUUAAUAUUUUUUUCCUUUUAAAUCUACUGAAGUGUAAUACAAUAUUGGAUAUAUUUAUGUGAUGCGCUUCUUUUAGUCAUAAAUUACGUCUAAAUAGAAAAUAUAACAGUGUUUACAUGGAAAACUGAUAUGACUUUUACAUACUUGAAAAAGAAAUUGUGCUUUAGAAUGGUAUGUUGAUCAUUAACUGGCUACGACAGAAAAAUAAAAUCAUGAUUUUGAAUAUUUACUAUGGAAAGAAAAUAUGGACAGUAUGGUUUAUUAAAUGAGAUAUCGAACGAUUC